UUCCUAUGGCGGCGACGUUGCUGAGGUCGCUUAGCAAACUCGGACGUCCUUCAGCUGCAAUUUUAAACCAUAAUGCUGUGAGUCCGGGAUGUAUGGUCCUGCAGAACAGGCAUAAACAGUGGCAGCCCGAUGUGGAGUGGACAGAGCAGUUUGCGGGUGCUGUCAUGUACCCCAGUGCCCUCACUGAGAAGUGGGUGCCCCCUCCAUGGAACGAUAAGGACCCCCCCGCAGAGAAGGAGGUGUCCAACCUGACGAUCAACUUCGGCCCCCAGCACCCCGCUGCCCACGGUGUGCUGCGUCUGGUGCUGGAGCUGAGCGGCGAGUCCGUGAAGAAGUGUGACCCGCACGUCGGCCUACUGCACCGCGGCACAGAGAAGCUCAUCGAGUACAAGACCUACCUGCAGGCUCUGCCCUACUUUGAUCGUCUGGACUACGUGUCCAUGAUGUGUAACGAGCAGGCGUACUCUCUGGCCGUGGAGAAGCUGCUCAACAUCCAGGCGCCACCCAGAGCCCAGAUGAUCAGAGUCCUGUUUGGAGAGCUGACACGUAUCCUGAACCACAUCAUGGGCAUCACCACCCAUGCCCUGGACAUCGGGGCCAUGACGCCCUUCUUCUGGAUGUUUGAAGAGAGAGAAAAGAUGUUUGAGUUCUACGAGCGUGUGUCGGGAGCGCGCAUGCACGCAGCCUACGUGAGGCCUGGAGGGGUGCACCAGGACAUGCCCCUGGGUCUUAUGGAUGAUAUUUAUGAGUGGUGUAAGGCGUUCUCUCUCCGCAUUGAUGAGGUGGAAGAGAUGUUGACCAACAACCGCAUCUGGAAGAACCGGACCGUAGACAUCGGCGUGGUCAAGGCUGAGGAUGCGCUCAACUACGGCUUCAGUGGUGUGAUGCUGAGAGGAUCAGGCAUCAAGUGGGACUUGAGGAAGUCCCAGCCCUAUGAUGGGUACGAGAAGAUGGAGUUUGACGUGCCAAUCGGCAGCAAGGGGGACUGCUAUGACAGGUAUCUGUGUCGUAUAGAGGAGAUGAGGCAGUCCCUGCGGAUCAUGAUCCAGUCUCUCAACCAGAUGCCCGAGGGGGAGAUCAAAGUGGACGACGCUAAAAUCGCACCUCCCAAGAGAUCUGAGAUGAAGAUGUCCAUGGAGUCGCUCAUUCACCACUUCAAGCUCUACACUGAGGGCUACCAGGUGCCUCCAGGCGCUACAUACACGGCUGUUGAAGCACCCAAGGGGGAGUUUGGUGUGUAUCUGGUUUCGGACGGUUCCAGCAGGCCGUAUCGCUGCAAGAUCAAGGCCCCCGGCUUCACUCACUUGGCGGGCCUGGACAUGAUGGCACAGGGACACAUGCUGGCUGACGUGGUGGCCAUCAUUGGCACCCAGGAUAUUGUGUUUGGAGAAGUUGACCGUUAACCGACGCUAACGUCUGUGUGUUCGUCCAUCUGCAGUCAACUUGAGUGUGCUCACCCCUACUGCUACGCACACACACACACCCCAGUUGUAUAAACGUUUAAACUCAAUAGGUAUCUGAAAGGAGGAUGGAGGCUAAAGAUGUCUUUGCUGCAGACGUCCCUUGUUAUUUUCUGCAUUAUUAUGUAAAUAAACCAGAAUAAAGCAA